UCCAUGGCGACCGGACGCGGUCGGAUCCUGCAGCAGCACUGGCAACGCCUCCAGGCACUGCGCUGUCCCCUCCGCGGUGGCGCGGGGCGAGCAAGCGCGGGCCAGGCCGUGGGGCGCGCCGGGGCCUCCGGGUUCAGGAGGGGGCCCAGGGUCAAAUGUGCUGCAGACGGUACUGUUGCUCUGAGGCAGAAUCCCAGAGGUGAGCAGCGCUGUGGGAACUCCUCCUCCAACUGCCCUGUGUUCCUAGAUAGAAUGCCUUCAGAAAUCUUGCUGAAGAUAUUCUCCUACUUGGAUGCUGUGAGCCUGCUGUGUACUGGAUGCGUGAACCGGCGCCUUUAUCAUCUGGCCAGUGACAAUUCUAUUUGGAUCAGAAUCUACUCAACUGCUUUUCCAUCUAAAAAAUCUAACUGGAGAGUUAAUCCAGUAGAGGAGACGGCUGUGUCUAUGAGCGUACUGUCAGUUGAAGAUAAAGAAGCUGGAUAUUGGAAGAAAGAAUAUAUCACAAAACAAAUAGCAUCUGUAAAAGCCACACUAGCUCAGGUUCUCAAACCUGUCAACCCUUACACCGGCCUUCCCAUGAAGACCACAGAGGCCCUCAGAAAAUCUGGUUUAGGUUGGGCAAUUAUAUUGAAAGAGAAAAGUGGAAAGGAAUAUGUCAUGGAGCAUGUCGAUCUCUCCAUAAAUGACACAUCAGUUACUGUUCUGUGGUAUGGCAAAGACUGGCCGUGUCUCACGUCAUUGUCAACCUUAGACUUGUGUGGUGUGACACCAAUUUUUAUGGACUGGUAUAAAACCCCCACCAAAAAUAGACCUCGAUGGCAUUCUUUAAUUACAAAGUACAACCUGAGCCAUUUAACGGAAUCCACCAUGAUUGGCUGCGACAGACUCGUUCGGAUCUUCUGCCUCAGCCCUGGCCUUCUGGUGGGGCUGUGGAAGAAAGAGGAAGAACUGGCUUUUGUCAUGGCAAAUCUUCAUUUCCAUCACCUUGUGGAGAGGAGCUCGUUAGGCUCGGCCACUAUCCCCUACGAGCCGCCGCCUCACAGCCCCUUCCUGUAUGACAGCCCCGAGUACGGCCUGCACGGCUACCAGCUCCACGUCGACCUGCACGGCGGUGGGGUUUUCUUCCUGUGUGGCAAAUUUCACGAUCUCUUCACCAAGAAAGGAAACAUUGAAAAUGGAUAUGUGAAGCUCAUUGUCAUAAAUUUGAAAAAUAACAGAGAACACCUACCUCUUAUCGGAAAAGUUGGCCUCUCUUGGAGAACUAAUGUUAUUGAUGGCUGUAUAAAGAGUUGUUCUAUAAUGGACGUAACUCUUUUGGAUGAGUUUGGGAAACCCUUCUGGUGUUUCAGUUCCCCAGUUGGCAUGAGAUCUGCCGCACCCUCUGACAGCCCUAAUUUCUUGGGUCAGACGUACUGUGUGGACUACGUGGACGCGGAAGGACGGGUGCACGUGGAGCUGGUGUGGAUGGAAGAGACCGAAGAGUACUUUAUUGUCAGCCUGGUCCUUUACCUGAGCAUAGGAAAAAUAAACCAUUGGUUUGGGACAAAAUACUGAAUAUUAGCAGUAGGCGGCAAGUUACUGUUGCUAUUUGGCUGUUUCUUUUGGACUGACGAGCUUUGUUCUCGGUGUUAGAAGUUACAAUAAAGUGUAUCUGC